CCCUGCUUCAUCGCUGCGUGACAGCUUAAGUCGAUCAGUUUCCGAGUCUUGACAUGGCGUGCUUCUCCUUGCUCGCCGCCGGCGUCCGUCCGCUGCUCCUCCCGGCGGCGGCCAUCAUCCUCCUCCUCACCACUCUCCUCUCAGGGCCGGUCGUGCUCGUGCGAGGCGUCACGUUCCGGGUGGUGAACAAGUGCCCGUUCCCGGUGUGGCCGGCGACGGCGCCCAACGCCGCCCAUCCGGUGCUCGCCGACGGCGGCUUCUUCCUCCCGCCGGGGCAGUCGAGGCGCGUCAGGGCGCCGGCCACGUGGAACGGCCGCUUCUGGGGCCGCACCGGCUGCAACUUCACCUCCGGCCAUGGCACCACCGCGUGCCUCACCGGCGACUGCGAGGGCCGUCUCGCCUGCAACGGCUCCGUCGGCGCCCCGCCCGCCACCGUCGUCGAGGUGGACCUGCACGAGGACCGGAGCAAGGGGAGCUCCUACGACGUCAGCCUGGUGGACGGCUACAACCUGCCGGUGUCCGUCUGGACCAAGCCCGCCGCCGGUGCCGACGCCGACCGCAAGUGCGUGAUCUCCGGCUGCGCCAAGAACGUGAACGCGGUGUGCCCUCCGGAGCUGCAGGUGACGGCGGCGCCGCCGUCGUCGUCGGCGUCGGCGGCGACGGUGGUGGCGUGCAAGAGCGCGUGCCUGGCGUUCGGGUCGGACGCGUUCUGCUGCCGCGGCGCGUACGGCACGGCGGAGACGUGCCGGGGCAGCGCGUACUCGCGGCUGUUCCGGGACGCGUGCCCGGCGUACGUCAGCUACCCCUACGACACGGCGGCGGCGGCGGCGGCGAGGUGCUACGCGCAGGACUACGUGGUCGCCUUCUGUCCGUCCAGAUGGGGCGGCGCGGGCGAUCGUGUGGCCCAGGCUUGACGGAUGUGAUGCCGCCGGAUUCGAAUAAAAGAAAACGCGUGUGCUACGUAGUCUUGAAUCUCUCGAUCUUGCGUGUAUGUAUCUAUAUACAAGUAUAUAUAGUAUAUGAAGUUCGUAUGUGAUCAAUGGAUAGUUUUUGUGCUGGUGUUAGUAUGUGUGUGAAGUAUUUAGAGUAAAUUUGGAUGCACACAUGAGCUGAAAACACUAUGCCUAUUUUUGAAACUUGGAACACAA